AUGGUAGAUGUGUUUAAGGGAUACAAUUCGCUUAUUCAACCUGUUCGAAAUCUGAACGAUACUCCAAUAAUCGUGAAAAUAGCUUUGCAAUUAGUACUACUCAUCAACGUUGAUGAAAAAGAUCAAGUGAUGCACACAAAUGUGUGGCUAACUUUGAAAUGGCAUGAUUUUCAAAUGCGUUGGAAUCCAGUAGAUUACGGGGAAAUUCAAAAUAUUCGAGUUGCGCCAGACAAAGUUUGGUUACCAGAUAUUGUCCUAUUCAAUAAUGCUGAUGGCAACUAUGAAGUAUCAUUUAUGUGCAAUGUUGUUAUUAAUUACAAAGGUGAUAUGCUGUGGGUGCCACCAGCAAUUUAUAAAAGUUCUUGUAUUAUUGACGUAGAAUUUUUCCCUUUCGAUGAACAAACUUGUCAUUUAAUCUUCGGGUCAUGGACGUAUAAUGAGAAUGAGAUCAAAUUAGAAUUCGAGCAAGCAGAAUGGGUCGAUUUGUCUGAAUAUGCUCCAAGUUCUAUCUGGGAUGUCAUGGAUGCACCAGCCGCUUUGGUAAAUAAACGUUCAAGAAUCGAAUUUCAAGUUAGAAUAAGGAGAAAAACUUUAUUUUAUACAGUUGUACUAAUAAUUCCCACAGUACUAAUGGCGUUUUUAAGCAUGGCAGUUUUUUUCCUUCCAACUGAUUCAGGUGAGAAAAUGACCCUAACCAUAUCUGUAUUACUUUCAAUUGUUGUUUUUCUACUACUUGUAUCAAAAAUUUUGCCACCGACCUCAUCAACAAUCCCAUUAAUGGCCAAAUACUUACUGCUCACUUUUGUGCUCAACGUAAUUACUAUACUUGUUACUGUUAUUAUAAUAAACAUUUAUUUUCGUGGGCCAACCACUCAUCGAAUGCCAAAAUGGGUUCGAACUGUUUUUUUGCAAAUGAUGCCUAAAUUGCUAUGCAUGCAAAGACCGAAGACAUCACUGAGAAAUAUGUCUGAGAAAAAUGGACCUUCUGUGAUGGCAGUAACUCCGAGAAGUAGUACCGAUUUCAAACUUAAUCCAUCCAUACAUCAUCCACUCUGUCCAUCUCUUGAUAUAGACAGCAAACAAACGCCUUCAAUCGAAUUAACUCAUGUUGGCACAAUGCAACAAUUGGAAAGAGAUCCUACAACAAGUGCCUAUUAUCCGCUUAGUUCAGAUGCCUUACGUGCCAUUGACGCCAUUGAGUACAUCACAAAUCACCUAAAACAAGAUGAAGAAUAUAAAAUGUACCGCGAUGACUGGAAGUAUGUAGCGAUGAUCAUCGACAGAUUGUUAUUAUACGUAUUCUUUGGUAUUACUCUAGGUGGUACCUGUGGUAUUUUAUUUUCCGCACCAUAUGUCUUUCAAGGUGUUGAUCAACGAGCUGAGUUGCAACGCCUUAUACAUUUGUACAAAAAUGGCGGUGAAACAUAA